AAAAACUUAUAUAAAUAUAAACAAAAGGGGGGGGUUAAAUGAAAAGUAAAUAUUUUUGGUUUUUAUGUUUUCUUAUUUUUUUGGUUUUUUGAUAAAAUGGGGGAAAACAAGCUCAAGAUAAUCAACUUCUCCAAUUUAGGUAACCCAAGAAACACCACCAAAAACCCAAAAAAAAAUUAAAAAGAGAACGAACACAAAACAAACAUUACACAUAUAAUAGGCACUUAGACAAUAUAUUACGUAACUUACGCACUUAAGAAUAGAAAAGAAUUUAAAGGCUCGAGUUGAUUCAUAUCCUUUACCACAUAUAGAGGAUCGUCAACUCUCUAUAAGGCCCGGAGUCAAAAAUUCAAAGGCCUUUUGAACACCAACCAUUUUGGAAUUUUCUAAAUUCACACAACAAGCAAAAAAAUGUAAAUUUGAAUUGAAACAAUAUUUUUACAAAGAAAUUGGAGAAGAAAAAAAAUUGACAAAUAUAGGGUUACCAAUUGUUGAAGAAGAUGAAGAAAUUGAAGAAAAUUGGAGCUUGAAGGAACUGCCACUAGUCGCCGGAGCUUCUGACACCGCUGCCACCUGCCAUCGUAGAACGCCGGCGAGCCGUCGUUGGCCGCCGUCUGCAUUUCCGCCGGUGGGUUGCGUCAAUAGCAGCGGCAAGAGCCGCUGCUCUGUUAUUUCGGUACGAUUCCCCUCUGGUCUUGUUCCCCACUUUGAAUUGUGCAAUUUGCCUUCAAUUUAUAGGAUAGUAGGAGCAAGGAGCCUUUAAUUUCUUCCCGUUGAGAAUUGAUUGUUGCGAAUCAAAAGGAAGAACGUUGGAGCAUCCGCGCUGGUUUAUCGCAAAGAGGAAGAAGUCGUAGACUUCAAUCCUCAGUUCUUUUUUUUUCCCUUUCUUGCGUGAAGACAAAGUGAGAUGAUUGGUGGGCUAAUUCUCUAUUAUGUUUGUUCUAGGCUUUGGCCCAAAAUCAAUCUGUUCUUUUCAAACUUGAACUUCAAUUCAGCCUUUUGCUGCAAUUUUCUCCAAAAAUAAGAUAUUUGAUAAUUUGGGUUAGGGAAAAUAAGAAAAAUAAUAAAAAAAAUGAUUAAAAAGCUACUAUUUUUAAAAGAAAAUUAAAAGAUUUUAAAAAAUAGAAACUAAAAUAAAACUACACAAAACUACUAAAAAUUAAACUUUAAAAGUAUUAAAAAUGUCUAAAAUUGGAUAAAAAGUACUAACCCAAACCCGAGUUAUCAAAUACCCCCACACUAAAGACUUGAACGUCCUCGUUCAAAAGACCAAAAAGAGAGGAAUUAAUUUCUAUCAUCAUCAAGAAAAAACAAAGUGAACUUUAAACCCGCACACUUAAGAUUUUAUGCUCAUUCACAUUUUAAAAACAAAGUGAGCUAGAAAUCCUACAACGAUGGAAUACUCAGGUGUGGAAUUUUUUUUGGGUUCUAACAAAUGUUCUAAAGCUGCUACAAAAAAAGUUUCCUAGCGGAAUCCUACGGUUUAAAAUGGCUCAAUAGCAGCGGUAGCAAGGUUUAUCAAUAAGCCUGAAAAUAUUAAAAUUCACUCAAUUUCUCUAAAAAUAAAGGGCUCCUAAAACUGGUUUCUCUUUUUUUUCCAGAUUUUAAUAUCAAGCAAUGAUUGAUUAGGCAGCAUCUAGAUAGUAUGUGAAUGGCCAGUUCUUGAAAACAAAAUUCUACGGGAUUCCUAGAAGGAUUUCAAACAUUUUAAGGUCAUUUUUUACCAAGAAAAGAGCAUAAGACUCAAUGCGAGUUUAUAAAAUAUACACUUGCUAUCUUUCAGAAUAAAGCCCCAAGAAAAACAAUAAGGUUUUUGGGUCAAUUUUGAAAACAAUGCUCUAAAUAAGAAGAUUUGCAACUACGAAUGAAAAAAUAAUUGGACCCAAAAUCUAUUUUUUUUGAAAAAAAAUUUGCCCCAAAAGUUUUUUUUAAGCAAUGACACAAGCAUGAGCAACUCCCCCCACACUUAAAAUGUGCAUAGUCCUCGAUGCAUCUAUAUGGUAUGCAAACGACAAUAUUAAGCAAGCACGGACUUAGCAAAGAGAGAAGGGGAGAGGGAAAUGCAACUAAACAAAAGUAUACGCAGCAUCAACUCAUCACUUUUCCCUCCUUAAAGUGCUCGAUGGACCUACAAUCUGCAAAAACAUGGCUAAGACCAAGUCUUUUAGCUUUGAAGAGAGAAAAAUCAGAUUUAAAGGAUGUAGAUAUCAAGCUUCAAAUUUGGUUCUGGAAACCAAUUCUUGUGCCUUAUUGCACUUUUCAAAACAGAAAACUGUAUAUGAGAAGGUUAGUUAUGUCAAGCACAUGCAAAGCAGCUCAUAUGCAUCUAUUAAACAUCAUAAUUCAGCACAUAUGCACCUGAUAACUCAGAAUUCAGAUUGAACACCAAGAAAAGAUUGCAGAUUUUUUUAUAUUUCGACACAUAUAAGCUGUAAAAAGUGUAAAAUUUGCAUUUUGCACUCAAAAAAUCAGCUUACAAGUCCAAAAAUAACUUUUUAAAAUGCAGAACUUUUCUUUAGUAGCCGAAAAUCAGUUGUAAACAAUGCAUAUGUCUCAACUUUCAGCUUAAAUAUGUCCAUACAAUAACACCCAAACCUUAAGGAAAAUGAAAUUUUACAACAGAGAAACCAUUGGGUACUUGAGACCGUUGAUCUGGAUCAGAAUUUUGCACAUUAAUAAGCAGAUAUUAACCAUUUAAGCCCAAAAAUCAGAUUACAAAGGCAUACUAUUUAGUUUGCAAGCAAAAAUCAAAGUGCAGAUUUUGUGCAUAUUCUACCAACAAAAACCAAAGUUCGAACACAAAAGGGUUAAGGAGACCAAAGCCCAAACCUAAGAUACUGAUUUGGAUCAGAUUUCACACUUGUUUGUGCAGAUUUUACUCCAAAGGACAUGCUUCUACCAAUGACUUAGUAGAUCUUGAAUAUUCACUCAAAUAAAUGGUUAGAAGCAUACAUGGAGCAAAAUAAACCAUUAAAUCCAGUAAAUGCAGCAGUAUUCU